AUGUCUCGGUUUGAAACUUGGCAUACACACUCUCACUACACUUUUCAGUGCCUGUGCACGUUAUUAAUGUCGCGAAACUAUUUCUUGCACUGGGCUGGGGGAGCAUGCCAUAUGGAUGAACUCGUUCACCAUUGCCUUCGCGAGCUUGCUUUCGACGGAGAUCUUGGCUCAGAUGUGUCUCGACUAAAGGAUUUCAUCGCUGCCUUUUAUGCCCAUGCAAACGCCUCGCAUACGCAGACUCUUGACGACGCGUUUUAUUCCUUUAUCUGGUCGAUAGUUGUCCAACAGCCCACAGUCUUGGUUGGUCUAGUUCCGGAAGGUAUAACAUCGGAGGUUUGGGUUGCGCCUCAGGUUAGCGCAAAACGGAAGGCGAAGGCAAGGGGAGAAGACCACGUCGAAACAAACCCUCCAAAAUUGGACCCCAUUCCAGACUCGAAAAAGGCACCUCUCGACACUUUGCGGAGAGCUUAUGGUGACAGACUGAGGAUUGCCGCAGAACCAGAAGCAAUAUUUGCGGCUAUCACGGGGUCUCACAUUCGCUCCUCUAAGAUGAGCCCUAUGGUGUACUCUACCCUGCAAAUUGUUACCAGAGGAAGAGACAAAGGCAUCUCUGUUGUCGAACUCGGAAAAAGGUCAGGUUACGACCAAAAGACCUGUUUUUACUUGGUUCGCCAGCUGACGGAGAUGGACCUCAUCUUGAAAGUUCGACAGGGUGGCGUGGGUACACAUUUCUGCAUCCAUAAAUAUUUCUUCGAACGAAGUUCUUCUUGGAAAGCCAUCCUCAAUGAGGAAACUCAAGCUGAAACUCUGCAAAUCAAGUUGCCGACUGCUGAAGAUGUUCUAGUUGAUGAUGAAAGCGACGUGGAAGACCUACAGUCACUGGACUUUACUCCAAUAGACGCCCGCCACCUAUCCAGCUUUCCCUUGAUUAGCAGCCGCAUCAUUAGGCUCCUGAAGGCGUCAAGAAACCGUCUACAUGCCUCAAAUAAUAUGCUCGUCACUCUUGGCUUUCCCAACCCCACAAAGACCGAUCGCCGCUUCUUUCAGAGCCGCAUUCGAGAGAUGGUCCAACAGGGACUCAUCGAAAAGGUCGUGGUACCAAAUACCAGAAGCAAGUCCUCGGAUGCUACCGUCAAAUGUUUUCGGCUACUUGAUCAGGGUGCCCAUCCGGAAGGACAGAACGCUGUUGUCUCGUCUGACGAAGACGAUGAUCUCGACGGCACUCCAAGUGCAUCUCAAAGCGGUGUGAAGCUUAACUCAACGGUCCAUAAGCAACUUAUCGAUCUCUUAGAAGAGUCUGGGACUACAGGGAUGACGCUGAAUGAAUUCUCAAGCUCUUUGGGUCAGUUUGACAAGAGAACCAUUGAGCUCCUUCUCGCCCGUGCAGACAGAUCACAACCCCCUCCCCACCUUAGCGAUUGGCACGUUGCCGGCUUGAUGGAAACCAAUGGUCGCGAACGCCGUCACAGAUACUAUACUGUCGCCAACUAUCGGAAACUCGUGACCCGGGAGGAGCUGGAUAAAACAUCUGCUGGAUAUCAAGACAUUGAUUUAAGGCAUUCAGGAGAGUUCUAUCUGAUGGAUGCUAGCUUGUUCUACCAGACCGACAAGGAUUUGGCUUGUUACUCAGAUGCUUUUAAAGGUACAAGUGCACAACAGCCUGGAACAACCAAGAAACGUGUCUUCAAAAACCCCAUCUUGCCAAAUGGACAAGUCAAGCGCGGACGGCCUCGAAAGAGUGACAUCACGAAGUAUGUGCCUGAGGAGUCGCAGAAGCAGUCUUCCAGGAAGCGGAAAAGAGAGCUCUCACUCUCGCCCUCUAACUUAGGUGCUGUGGUUAAAUCGCCAUCGGAUCAUCUCAACGGACACGGAGAUGCGACAGCCUCCGCACAAGAGGUGUCAAUACAAGAGACAUCCGAUCAGCCACCUGCGAAACGCCGUCGAGGUCGCCCUCCUAAGGCUAAAAGCACACCCGCUAUCGAAUCUGCGCCCCUCAAGGUCCAGGUCGUUUCUGUUCCUCAGAAGGAACGCUCUCAACGCUUGCGCCUGGGCAAAAACAACGUUCUCCAUCAGGAUGAAGUGCAGCCAAUAGUGGAGCGCCGACAAACAAGAUCUCGCAGCAAGGCUAAAAUUAAGGAGACGCCUACAUCUGCCCUGGAUGACGACGAGGACGAGAACGUGGAUGUUCCUGAUUCUGUUGAAGUUGGCAAAUCCGAUGUGAACAAGGACCUACCAAACGAGCCUGGCGGUGACACUGUAUCCUUUCGAGAUGGGCUUCACUCGACAGAUGUACAACCGCUACAUAGGGCCAACAGCCCGUGUACUGAACAGCCUCAAACAGACCUUCCUGUUCCUUCGGUGGAUCGCGGAAUUGUUCACGUAAGCCCGAGACCGCAACUAUCAGUCUCUUCUACGAUAUCGACCCCUCUACCUGCCAUAUUGCCCAAUUGCGGCAGAGUAAAUGUGUCUCAUCUUCGACGGGAAAAUGAAAUUCUACGACUGAUUGCAAAUGCUGGUGGGCUCGUCAACACUCAGUCCGGCAGGCUGUAUGAAGACCAUGUGAAGUUGUUGGAAUCACUGGCAGCAGCAGGUGAACCGGCCAGUUCCCCUGCAGGUACGAAGACCGAUAAGCGCACCAUGAUAUCAACCCUCGAUAGUCUAGAACGAAAAGGACGUAUAAAGCAACUUCGGACUUCAUUCACACCGCAUAAUUCCAUUGCCAGCCGUGCAACCUGCAUCGCAUAUCUCCCUGACACUGACCAAUCAAAGCUCAAUGCCUUUCUGGCUGACCUCGCUCGCCCCGCAUCACAAUCUGCUACCCCAUCAGUCAAGAAAAUUGAAGACCUGGAAUUUGGUGCUCCUUCGCCGACGACCCCUCGAGUGGCACCUGCCCUUCAACGAUUGCAAGUGGAACAGCCCGCGACGGAUACAAACGAAAGGUGGAGCAAAAACAUGAAUAGAGCCAAUCAACUGUUCAACCGUAGCGAUCAGGAGAUACGGGAUAUUUUGCUGGCAGAACACACUACUGCAUCCCAAUUCUUUGGGUAUAUCAUCGGGAAGGUCAUGCGAUGUCGACAACUUCAUCUUUCAAUUCUUCAAUUCCUGGAGUCUUUGGAAGUGUUGCCCAUUGUCGUUUCAAAGGAGAAGAGGAUCAUCGAUAUUUCGCUUUUGUGCUCCGACCUUCCACUGGCACUUUACUGCCCAUUGGUUUCUCCUCUGUCCUUCAACAAGGAUUUGGCCACCUUUUUUUCCACUGAAGCAGGCCGUGCAACUGUUAUUAAAGACUUGCCACAAGAACUACAAUCUGCUCUACAAUUCGGAAAAUCCCGACCACGCUCUCGCUUCUUGGAUAUGUUCGAAGUUUUACGGUGUUUGAGCCUAGUCAUUCCCUUGCAGCCAUCGACAUCCGACACUCCUUUCAUUGCAUGCUCCCCCAAUGGCAAUCAUCCGACUCGAUUCGAUCGGGUUGGAAUGGAUGGAUGCACAUCCAAUGCUCUAAUGAAUGCUUCUAAUUAUUGGCAGUGCCAGGAAUCUGCGGAUAUCCACGUAUGGUCUGCGCCCGAAACGCCGCCUCCAUUCUGGAAGUCUGUCUCUGUCAAAACGCACAGCGACGGGAUUGCAUACUGGCGCGAUCUUCAUGAAGCUUGUAUCAACUUUGAGACCGACGUUGAGGACCCAGCUGGGCCCCAAGUCCAAUUAUCUGCCACGAGCCUUGGGGUUGGGCGAUCAUUACGUCGUGUCGCCUCCUGGAAAGCUGACUAUUUCUUCACCUGGCAUCAGAUGCAAUUUCUGAAACGGUAUGUUGACCCUUCCGGAUCAACUCCACUGCAGAUACAGGGCGACCAAGAGAGGGAAACUGAGCUACGAAGGAUAUCUUGGGUAGUCAGUGCGCCUCAGGGCGUGGUAGAGGAUUAUUUUUCUGGGGCUACCAAGAAGAUAUCACGAAGCGUCGAACGAAGCAAGCACAAGGCACUCAAAGAGCAAAAACGCAAGGAGGAAGACGCUAAGAAGUCCCUCGCGAGGAAGGCUGAGGAAGCUCGACUGCAGCGCGAACAGGAAUGGCUUGAGCUACUCCGCAUCGUCCAUCCGGGGGGGAUCCCCCUUUCUGCUGCUGUUAGGAUCGAACGCGUACGACAGAGUUACCUUCAAGCUGGGUCUGUCAAGGAUAUCACAAAAUGGGAGAAGGAAAUCCGGUCUACUCUUCGGGAGGCUGAGCUAGUCAGUUCAACAGGGCUGAAAAUGCCGACAAAGUUGUUUCUUGGCAAACAUCUAUCCAAUGCUCAUCCAGCGUCCUCAACUGCUGUGCACGCCGAGAUGUCCAUUCACGAGCUCAUCGACCUUCAAGGCCCUCCAAUAGAGCACGAUCCCCCCAAGGCGAAGCGGAAACGGAAGAAAGACAGCGAAGAGGUCGACACACACAAGAAACGAACUCGUCGGCAUCGAUUCCAGUGGAAUUCCGAUUUCGACGAGUUGGCCCGCGAUGCUUCUGUUAUCAUUCGUUCUCGUUGUCGGGGUCUCGCCAGAGUUGAUUGGGGAGCAUUUGAGCAAGUAUUUCCCACGGUUCCACGCAACACUGUGCGACAGCGUUUAGUACACAUCAAAGAGACACCAGGAAAUGAAGCUUAUUUGCGCCGACUAGAAGAUGCCUGGUAUGAUCUCUGGAAGAAACACAAAGGGACACCUCUUCUUCCUGAUAACACCGAGGAGAGUCCUUCCGACUUUGAUCUCAUAAAGCACGUCGAGUUUCUUCGAAGCCACAUCGACAAGAAUGCUCUGCGUGUCGGGUUUGUUCCUGCAACGACAACGGACACUGUUGUUAUUCCGCCCAAAAUCGAAGAUCUCCACCAGCAUUUCGAAAUUACGCGGAAUGAGAAGGAAGCCCCAGAAUGGGAAUUCAUGUGGAAUGCCCUCAUUGAAGAAGGUCGAGAAAGGAGCCUGAAACUCCACAUAUUUUCUAGAUGUUGUGAGGACUUCAUUUGCCCUACUUCGGAGUCGGAAGAAAUAGCCCUCGCCGAAGCCGCGCUAAAGAUGGUGAUGGGUACACCUUCUGAACUGUAUGAGUCUGAUAUUGCCUCGACUCUACUGAGAAGCCGGGGAAACGAAGCUAUUAGCACUGCCACGAAAAAACUGCUAGCCUGCGGUGUUCUUUCGAAAUUACAGCGUGAUCCCACCAAGCCACGUCCUGGUCGACAGCUCAAGAUUUCUGAUAGUAACCAAAAUGCCAUAGGAGGAUCAAUUUCUCGAGACACCUUCCAGGACGCGGUGUCCUUGUUGGAGGAGUUAGAUCCUAACGACUCGACAUGGCAUGAAUGGCCAUUAACCGCGACAGAUGGGGACUGUGCUACGCUGAUCCAAUUGGCAUCAGAAGACAAGAUCGAUUUUAAGAUCGACACUUCUCUUGCGCGAGCCGCGCGACCGGCACUGGACUGGAAUAGCAAAAAAGCUGAUGAUGAUCAAAUCGAGACCACUCUCAAAGUGCGAUACGAUUUCUCCGCAGAAGCUCGCGAGUCUGUUCCGGAUGAGACCCCUGUCCUCUCGGACUCUGUGGAACAACCGUCGGAGGCUUUUUGGGGAGAUGAACAUGGCCUAAGCGUCAGCGGCUCCCUCGGUUGUUGCAGGCGCACCCUUCAAGAACGAUCUGGAUUGGUUGACUGUGCACUAUGUUUGCGUGAAGCGUUGCAGAGUCUCAUCACCUCUCUGGAUCGGGAUGUUCACAGGGAUGUCGAGUGGCUAAUGGAUAUCGUUUGCCAAGCAGGUGAAGUUGGAAUCAGGAAGUCCGAGCUCGCCAUGCUGUGCUCCCCUGGCGAAGCUCCAAUUAUGCCUCUCGUAAAUCGACUCACAGAAGCCGAUGUGCCACAGGCUUAUUGGGUUGGGUACGAUACGUUAGUUCUAAUCGCUGCAAACGCAAUACCGAAGUGGAGUGUGGUUGUCUCCGAUAACCCCCUGGUCCAUAUUUUCCCAAGACGAUGGCUGGACAUUAACGGCCAAAGAGUUGGUGAAUUCUGGCAAGCUGCUUUACGAGCAGUGAUGGGUGCAGUCAUAUUCCGGCCUGGAAUAACCCAGGCUCAACUUCGAUGGCGCCUUCGAGCGGUGUACGACAGGCAAGAGAUAAUCGAGGUUGUAAGAUACCUACACGAGGAAGGGUUCCUGCAAUUACGAAUUGAGGGAUCGUCGACAGAGAUAAGCGAAAGUAUCUCCGUUCCCUUUGAUGAAGACGAGGAAAGCAGAGCAUACUGGUUUAUCGGAGACAGACGGUGGUAUCAGGUGUAA